AUGGCCACCACCAGCCAACCACCACUGACGGGGCUCAGAGUACUCGAGCUCGGCGGCCUAGCUCCAGGUCCCUUCUGCGGCGUCCUCCUCGCGAACUGGGGCGCCAGCGUGCUGCGCAUCGACCGGCCCGGCCCCGCGGGGGCGAGCAACGACCUCCUGACGAGCCACAAGUCGUCCAUCGCGCUGGACCUGAAGAGUGAAGCCUCCGUGGCUCUCUUCCUCUCGCUGAUCCCCAACGCCGACGUGCUCAUCGACCCGUUCCGGCCGGGCGUGCUGGAGAAGCUGGGCCUCGACCCCAACACCGUGCUGCUGAAGAAGAACCCGCGGCUCAUCGUCGUGCGGUUGACGGGAUUCCGCCGCGACGGGAAAUACUCGGCCAUGGCGGGCCACGACAUCAAUUACCUCGCCGUGUCGGGCGUGUUGGGCAUGCUGGGCGCGCGGGGCCAGCCGCCGUUGCCCCCGGGCAAUAUCCUCGCGGACUUUGCGGGUGGGGGCCACGCAGCGUUCACGGGCGUGCUGCUCGCUCUGAUCCACAGGUCGACAAGCGGCAAGGGCCAGGUCGUCGAGGCCAACAUGGUCGAUGGGGUGAGCUACCUGGGCACUUUUCCCAGACUGUUGACCAAAGCGCCCAUGUGGAGUGGCGAGCGCGGGACGAACACCCUGGACGGCGGCGCGCCGUACUACGGCUGCUAUGAGUGCAAGGACGCCGGCAAGUACAUGUCUGUGGGCGCGUUGGAGCCGCAAUUCUGGACAGAAUUGCUGCGAGGGCUGCAGUUGACCGAGCAGGACGUCGUGCCGGGGAAGCUCGACCGGCUGGAUAAGCGCUCGUGGCCGUACAUGCGCGAGGUGUUCACGCAGCGGUUCAGGUCCAAGACGCGCAAGGAGUGGGAGGCCAUCUUUGACGGCACGGACGCCUGUUGUGCGCCGGUGCUCGAACACGCCGAGAUGGAGGCCGCGGGAUAUGAGCAUAGGCCGAUCGUCGGACUCACGGGAUCGCCCGCCAGAAAGAUCGAUAUGCCGUGGGAGGGCAGGGCAUUGGCGCCGGGCGAGGGUGGUGAAGAGACGCUGCGGGAAUGGAUGGGCUGGAGAAAGGGCAAGGACUACGACGUCUCGGCGAAGGGAGCCUUCGAGAAGAGAGAAAAGGGCAGACUAUAA